AUGAACGAUGAGAUGACGAGCACGAGAGCCGACAUGGUGGAAGCGGCUCGGAAGUUCAUGCUCACUCCAAAGGUUUUCAUUUCAUCAAAAUUUUCAAAACUUUCGGAAUAUCAGCAAAUCAAACCUUGGAAAAUUGAUUACCGUUACUUUUGGACUUGAAAUUUCAAUAUGGUUUAGAUCUCCCCCUUUGCAUUUUUUUUUUCACGAUUUGUAGAGAGAGUAACUCAAAGCAAAAGAAGACAUUUCAUUUUUAGAGUUUAUUGAUUACCAUCUCAUUUUUGGAAAGUUGCAAAUGUUUUUCACUUUCAUAUUUUUUUUUUUUGCUUGCUGAACUUACAAAAUUUGAAAUUACAGUACCUUUCUGAAAGUAAUUGGCUAUAAAAAUAUAUAUGCAAUAAGAUUAUUUAAAUUUAAUAAGUUUUACAAUCAAGAUCAAUUCACUUGAUUCAGUGGAAAAAAGUUCGAAUUCACUGAAAUUUUUCGGGAAAAGCUGUACAAUUUUCAACUUUAUAGGUACGUGAAACGACGUUCGACGAACAGAGAAGGUUCCUAAUUGGGAAAGGUCUGACAGAGGCCGAAAUAGCCGAAGCUCGGGCUUCGAUUCCAUCGCAGGAACUGACGUCGCAGGUCGGCCAACCUGUCGCCUACCCUCAGGGCUCCUAUCCCUAUCCCCCACAACCUUCUCCUAACAGGUAAUUUUCCUUUAUGAAUCUUUUGAAACAUCCUGACAUGAAUACCGCAUUUCAGAGUGGCGUCUUUCGCGCAGUCGGCCGUAGUCAUCACGGCUGCUUCCUACGCCGGCUACCGUUUCCUGCGUUCUUUCGUUUUGCCUCGGUUCUUCAACGUUCCUGAUCCUGCUACCGAAGAGAUAAGACAGCUUCAGGUCCGUUGGAAAAAUACCUUCUUUACUUCGAGGUUUUUUAUUUUUGAUAAUCAAUUGAAUUCAAAAACGUAGCUCUUUUGAGAGUAGACUACAUAAAUAAAUAUAAGAAUCUCGGAAUUAUGAUCAAAUUUUGCUUUUUGAGAGUUUCCUUACAAAAAUAUCUUAUCAGUGUUUUAAAAAUGAAGAAUGUUUUCGCUUAGUACAAAAAAAGAGUGAAAUUGCUAAAUAGUUUUGAGAUCUUGCUGAUCUUCAGGAUAAUUUUCAUAGUCAAGACGGAGUUUUUCUUCACGUUCUACACUUCAUCCAGCACCAGCUUUUCACAAAACUUGCCAUUUCAUUGUAGAAUAUCAAUACUUAUUUUCCUUCGCUCAAUCCUCCUUCUUUUCUAAGAUUUUUUAAUCCACAGAUACUCUUUCUUCAAUGUUAGCUCAAAUAGAAUGUGAGGAGAAUGUCAAACCAUCAUUUUCUUUUCUAUCCAUUCUAUACUUGCCCGUCCUUUAAUUGAACAUUAGCACUGAUUCUGAGUUUCAGUCUCAAGUGAACGACCUGCAAAACUCGAUCAAGUUCAUAAUGGACAGCGUGUCGCAGACGACGCAGCAACUCGCUUCCCAGCAGGCCGAGAUCACCCGCGCCCUUUACUCUAUAUCUAAUCGCGACACCGACCUCAAUCGCGUCGAGGUUCGUCUUCGUCUUCCGUUCGGAGACCCAUCCAACGGUUCAGGCUGGAAUAUCGACCAUCAAGAGUCUUCUCCUCGGUCAGCACAACUUUGCGCCGAUCGCCACGCCCGCAGUCACUACCAUUCCCAGUUGGCAGCAGGUCUCUUUUUGAAUCCUCAUUUUCGUGUAGUUCACCAGCUGACUUCAGGCGCCAACGACGCCAGUAGUGACGACAACGAGCGCAGAAAACCACGGCUUCAUGACUCCUCCGGCGAAUUUCCGCGCUGAUGACGUCGUCAACCAUGACCUCGACGAUGACGAGGAGUUCCACGUCGAUGGCGAUGAGCGAAGAACGCCUGUAUAA